AUGAAUCAGCUACACCGUAAGCGUGCCUUUGGGAAAGCCUUCAACGGAACUUCCGAUCUCUCUAGUCAUCCACAUCGCAAGGCGCUAUGCAGUGUUGCUGCUUUGUCCGUUGCUUCGACGCCUCGGCUUUUCUACACGCCCGCGUUCCCGUUCGGAUCUGACAAAGAAAAUGAAGAUUUGUUCUUUCCCAUGCUAAAUGGAGUCACCGAACCCCCUAGCGAUUCGAAAAGUCAUCUACGGCCUCCUCCACGCACAUCAUCUCUUCGGGGACUAUCCGAGCUACAAGUUGAUAGCAAUGGAUUUCAGCGAAUCUACACUGUUCCUGAAGAUCAGAACUCAAGUCGUCAUGAUGAGCAGGUCUUGGGAGCGUAUUCAAGUGCACCUGGUCCGGUCAUCUAUGAAGACCAGGACACUAUUGCUAUGCCUAGUCCGGUUAGCCAAAGAGCUCCACUCACUCCGAGUGCGCUUCACUUCCAGACUCUGUCUCUACAGGAUCCUCUUCGCAGGCAUCUGCCAGACUUGACGUUUCAAUCGGCUAUCGAUAUCAAUGCAACAUGCACAAGCGUCUUUGUUCUGCAGUCUAUCGACCUCCGUUACUGUUUCUCUCAUAUUCUGAAAGAUGACGUGGUGAUAUUCUUCGACAAGGGCAAACAAGUCAUGAAGAUUGACAAAUGUCUUUUGUGUACCGAGUCUCGCUUCUUUGCUCCGAUGCUGGACGGUCCAUCUGUGGAAGGUCAAACACGCUGUAUCCGCGUUCGCGAUGACUUCCCUUAUGCCAUUGGGGCAAUGAUCCAGUACAUGCAAGAAGGCAACUACACCUUCAACUCCAACAUGCGACUUGAACAUGCCAACAUCACGCUUUUGGAUCUUCACGUCCACGCCUACGUUGUCGGCAAGAAGUAUAAUGUGGCCAAGUUAUGCGAUCAUGCGAUAGAAGAGUAUCUCAACAUCGCUGGAAUGGUUCUUAGCAUAGGCAUCCCCGCCGGCGAAGAUCCUACUGACUUCUCCAAUUUUACUGUCAACGGCGACCACAAAGGUCCCGACGCCAGCCCUGCGACAUCGGUUCUCAACUCCUUCCUGGACUCACUAGUUCUCAUCUGGCGCAACACUCUGGACAGUGACGAUGCAUUACGCCAGGGCGUUCUCGAGCUGCUGAAGCCUAACAUCAACCAACUCAUGCGGCUGAAGUUUUUCCAGGUGUUGAUGAUGGACAUGGUGGGUUUUGGCGGUGAUAUUGUGCAUAGCCUAACUGAGGAUGGAUUUGAUGUUCAAGCUUUUCAUACUGACGGUGGGUUGCAGCAAAAGAUUCGCGUCAAGUUUGGUAGCGCCUGGAACAUGGCGUAA